AUGGGCCAGACCAUCAGCAAACCCACUUCUAACCCCUCACAGAGCUCAAAAUUCUUCUUCUCUUUGAGACGCACCCCACCCAGCCAACCGACCUUCGAUCGGAACAUAUCCCCUCGACCGAGCAUCUUCUCCACGCUGAGGAGGCCCCCGGUUGUCAAGCCCAACGAUUUCAUACCUCUAUUCAACGAAUGCAUCUCUGCCGCCUCGUCUAGAACCCAGGAGUACCUCCUAUUCAAGGACCCGGAGGACAAGUUCCACCCGAGCCCUGAGGUGCUGACUCAGGUCUUCCUGAUGACCUACAUCUCCCAGAGUGUCUGCCUCAACAUGACGGACACCUUCAACUGCACAGCCAUGACACCCGAGCAGCGCAUCCUUCUUGGGGCUGACUGGGUCUGGGCCGUGCUGGAGAAGCCCACCAAGAACCCUCGGAUCCAGAUCGCGGUGCAGGUCCUACACCUGCCGGAGAGAGAGGACGCUGAGGAGAAUGGCGUCCCCUCAGAGGCCUGCAGUGAGUCCCUACAGAUGGCCCAGAUGGAGUCCAGCAACAGGACUGUGUACGAAAGAUUAGUGGACUUCUGCACCUCCAUCGGCAAGGAUUGCUACGCCCUCUUUUUGUUCUUUGGGAAGAAAAACGACAAGGAGAACAUCUAUGGAGUCCUCAGCAACAAUUUUGAGGCAGCCAUUGGGAAGUGCAACAAGAUUGACAGACCAUUUAUUGAGAACUUCUUCAAAGGUUCGAGGUAUCUCCAUACACCUUCGGGAAUGAUGCAGGCUAUUGUCACCAAGAGAGAGGGGGAUCCUCUCACUCUUAUGAUUAAAUUUAGCUGACCCAAAGAGACUCUGUAUAAUUUUGAUGACCAAUAACAUGAUAC